AUGGAACCAGCGGACAACCAGAAAAGCGACUAUAGCUGGUACAACAACAGAGAAUUGCUCCCUAUUCUGGAGCAAGAGAGGCGGAGGAGGAAGGUAGCUCCAGAGGAGAAGACUCCCCUCUUUCCUAGGCCCUACAAGACCAAUAAAGAAGAUGAGCUGUCAAGACGCAUUAAGAAAUUGCUGGGCGAGUGGGACCCCAAGGUGUCCCUGAGCCAUGAGUGCCCUCUGAAUCCCAUAUGGAUUCCAAGAAAGCCCAAACCCAGCUCCCGGGCCCCCAGUCGCAGGCCAGCCUCCAGUAAGACAAAUCCAUAUGAGGACAUAUGGAGAGAACCCUCACCAGAAUCACUGGGCAUCAGAUUUCACCCUGAGCAGAACUACAAUGACAGCAAUGAAGGUGUCUCAAAUCGGAGGUCAGAAGCCAAAGCUCCACAAUCCAAAAUUCUUCCUGAGCUUGUCAAGAAAAAGAAACCCAUUGAUGUGUCAUCCACUGAAAAAACUUUGAAGGUCGUGGAAAAGACUUCUUCACUUGGCCCUCCAAGAGUUUUCCAGUCCCAGCACAAGAGGGUGGCACCAGCACAGCCCAGCAACUCGGAGUCAGGGAGCACCAAGAACUGCCACAGCCCCUCAGUGUCUGCAUUUCCAAGAGCACCAGCACCUAAGCCCACUGUGGACACUGAUGUGCCGUUCAUUGAAGGAAUAUUGAAGACAAAGAAGCCCUCUGAUGUGCCAUUGACUGGAGAAAUUUUGAAGGAAAUGAGCAGCUCACUGCCAUCUCUCCUGUCACAUGUCCAGACGCCUACAAGAGCAGAGACUUCCCAACUUCCAUCGGCAACAAAGGAAUCCCACCCUGAUGGAUCUGCAGCACAGAAGCAGAAGCAGGCUAGCACAGCUUCAGAAGCGUUGCCAAGUUCUCAGCCAAGAACAUCAGUUUUCCAGUCCCAGCACAAGAGGGUGGCACCAGCACAGCCCAGCAACUCGGAGCCAGGGAGCACCAGGGACGGCCACAGCCCCUCAGUCUGGGACAUAGACCUCAGCUCCAGUGACAGUGAGGACAGCCUUCCAAGGGUGCUGGACCUGCCAGCACGUCAGCCUGGGCCAUCAACUGCUAAAAAGUGGCGCCUUGACAACCUGGUGACUCAGACAAAGCAAGGAGCAGUGCCAAGAGAGAGUCUCAGGGAAAUUGCCCGUGGGAAUGGACAUGAGAAGGGUGUGAAGCAGAAGCGGGGCAUCAGCAGCAGCUCCUGCCAGCAGCACUCCAAGGCAAGGGAGCCUCCUCACAAGAGCUUUGGCCAAAUGGCCACGGAUUUCCACAAGACCUUUGCCCAAGGGGCCAAGGACACUCACAAGAUCUCUGGCCAAAUGACCAAGCAUUUUCACAAGACCUCUGGCCAAGUGGCUAAGGCUCCUCAGAAAUCUCAUGUUAUGAGCACACACAGCUCUCUGAAGCCUCCUGUGCACACCAAGGAGCCAUCGCGGGUAUCAAAGAUUGUGGGUGUCAAAAGGCCCCGCGAGCCCCUGGUGCAUGACAAAUCCAGGAAAGUCCUGAAGCUGGACAGUAAGCCUGGUCCUUCGGAGGUCAGAGACCACUCCUCCAAAGACAAGCUGAAAGUCCAAGAAGCAGAGAACCCAAAACCUGCUUUCAGAAGUGGCCUGACGCUGGGAGUGCAAAAACACUUUGAGAAGAGGAAGCACCAGGACCCUGACAAGAGCUGUGCCCGCGUGCCCAAGGCUCCUGACCAGAGUUGGAGCCAAGUGGCCAAGACUCCUCAUGAAUCUGAUGUUAGGUCCAAACAUGGCUUUCUGAAGCCUCCUGUGCGCACCAAGGAGGCCUUGCUCAGGAAUACUCUGGAUAUCAAAAGGCCCAGUAUGUCCUGGGUACACAAUCAGUCUAAGAGAGUCUGGAAGACAGAGAGGGAGCCUGGUCUUUUGCAGGCCACAGACCAGUCUUGCAAGGACCAGCCCAAAGUCAAGAAAACAAUGAAGCCAAAAGCCACCAACAAAGAAGACCUGAAGCUGACACUUCAGAAGCUCUCUGAGAAGAGAAAGGACAAGGGCUCCCACCAAGCCAACGCCAAAGGCUUUUUGGAGCCCAGGCUCCAGAGACAUGCUCAGGAAUGUGAUGCCCUCAUCCCCAGUGGCCACAGGCCCAAGGAUUUGCACAAGGGGAAAGUGCCCCGGCCUCCUGGGGACAAGAGGUUGUUCUCGCCUGCAAGGGAGGCAGGCUUGAAGAGGAAAGCCAUGAUGAGUCCUGAGGAAUUCCCUGGAAAGAAGAAGAGGGAAGACAAGGGAGACACUCCCAGGAAGAAAAAGGAAUGAGACAAAAUAAUUUCAGCUUUCAGCAAACAAAGCCUCCAAUAAACUGAAAGCAUAAGAAGAUUCAUUCCAAACUGAGAGGAAAAAUGCACUGCUGUGACCACUGCCGGCCAUGACUGAUGCACAACGUGCACCAAGUUUGACCCAAAUGAGACAAUGACCCAAAAGAGACCCAGAACUGAGAUGGACAACCUAGACCUGCCUGACGUGGAUAACCCUGCCAGAAACCAGGAUGCUUUGUUUGCCAGCACAGGAAAGUGGAGGAAGACCACAAGGAGGAAUCCCAGGGCAUCAACAUCGCACUCACUGUGCUCCCAGCCAUUGAGCAAGGAAACCUGCUGUUGAAUUUCUCCGUGCUUGGGAAAAGUUUAUUGGUACAAAGCACUGUGAGCUGCCAGGGAUCAGCUGGGGAUGAGAAGAAUCCUCUUCCAGUGAUUUCUCUGCCACAUGAAGACAAGACAAGAAGACCUGAAGUUAGACCAAGUUUUCUGCUGAACAAAGCCAAGUGAUAUGACCAAGAGCUGGUCUGACCUCAUACACGGAAUGAGACAGAAUUUACAGUGACCCAGACUGGAACCAAGUGAUUGAUUGAGUCUCCAGGAUGUAAAUAGUUCCAAGUUCUCCGUUCCAUUGAAACUUUACAAAGAGUUUUGUUUUAGUUUUAUUUAUUGUUCAAUGCAAAGCACCUGCAUUGUUUUGUUUUAA